CGCGGCCCGAGCUAAUUCCAUCCAUCCGUCCGGCUGUCCGUCCGCUCAACCUAGCCGGUCGAGCAUCCGUCGCGGACCGUCCGCCACUUAGCCCAGCCGGGCAGAAGUUUGCCCCCGCGUCGCCUUUUACACCGGUGGCUCAGCAUUCCUGCCGCCGUGGAGUGAGAAAGGCUGCGCCAAGAGCAGGCUAAGGAGAGAGGCUCCUUCAAAAAUGAUUUGGCUGCCUUCAAGACCUGGAGCUCUAAUGCCACAAUGAGGACUCACACACGGGGGGCUCCCAGUGUGUUUUUCAUACAUGUGGUUUGCUUUGCACUAAUCUGCAGCACUGACAACAACCCAAGCACUGUUGUUCCAUUUGUCAAUGCCAACUACGACAACUACCCAAUGCUCUACUUCUCUAGACGAGAGAUACAGGAUCUCCGAUAUAAGGCAGGCACUACACAUCAACACAUUGCAGCUCGGUUGGUUGAAGCUGUGCAAAUCAUGCUGUCAAACUCUUUGGAGUAUCUUCCUCCCUGGGAUCCCAAAGACUUCAGUGCUCGGUGGAAUGAAAUAUAUGGCAACAAUUUGGGUGCCCUGGCAAUGUUCUGCAUACUUUAUCCAGACAACGUGGAAGCCAUUGACAUGGCCAAAGACUACAUGGAAAGAAUGGCGGCUCAGCCUAGUUGGUUAGUGAAGGAUGCUCCAUGGGAUGAGGUUCCCCUUGCUCACUCUUUGGUUGGAUUUGCCACUGCUUAUGACUUUUUAUAUAACUACCUUAGCAAGUCCCAGCAGGAAAAAUUUCUGGAAGUAAUUGCCAAUGCCUCAGGAUAUAUGUAUGAAGCCUCAUAUAGGCGUGGAUGGGGUUUCCAAUACCUACAUAACCAUCAGCCUACCAACUGUUUGGCCUUGCUGGUGGGAAGCCUGGUUCUAAUGAAUCAAGAAUGUGGUUGA